GAACGACGCCGAAAGGUUUCCCUGGAGGGCAUGCCAAAUAUGGCGGCGCUACCCGCCGCUAUUUUUAAGACCCUUAGGGGUUGCAUUAGCCUCCCCCUGGGUCGGGCGAGGGUUAAUAAAAAAGUAUGAUAAUUUGCUAAAUAAAGCAUGUAUGCAUCUACAUAAUGCAACCCAAACUUGCGGCCUAACCCGAGAAGUAGGCGAAAUUGGACCAUUGAUGGCCCCGAAGACUUGAUCACAUGUGACCUAACAAACAUGACGAAGCAAUUUCGUCAUUAUUUUUGACGUUCUUUCGAACACCGCCUAACGCGUGUCUCUAUCGAUAAUAUCGAAAUUGAAAUCAAGCAAAACCUUUGACGGUUUUACCAAACUAUUCACAAGAUCAGGUCGGUGUCCGUGUAUUGCCCUGUGCUUUGUAGCAUUUUACAAAGUCUCUCAGCGCGUGCACUGACUAGGUUACGGACUGGUGUUCCUCCCUGACGAGACCUGCACCAUUCCCGCACUCCCUCCCUGGCGAGUUCUGCACCAGAGCCGCCGCGGAUGAUAAGGCAGAUCGAUAUCUGGACAUAAGCAAAUCUGAGCGCGGAUUUACUGUUAUAAAUCUCCAUCUAUUCUAAGCUGCAAACCUGUGCAAUAAUUCAAGUACUGAUCACGUCGCGAAGGGUUGCCUUAUGUAGCAGGUCUGCCAGUUUCUCUGCUAUAAAAGCUGGUGACCGACAUGUGUUCUACGUCAGUGGAUCAGCUAAAACCCAGAAUGAAGGCCGUUCUGCUCUUCUGUGUGGUGGCUGUGACCGCGGCCGACAAGUCAGCGAGAAUUGCCAACCAUCAGUAUGGCAUCGAGGAGGACGGCUCAUACCAGUCCAACUACGAGACAACCAACGGCAUCAAGGCCCAGGAGGACGGCAUCUCCUACCCCGGCAACAUCCCCGAGUCUGGCAACUACGUGAGGAGCGGCUCGUACUCGUACGAAUGGGAGGGCGUCACCUACACGGUCACCUGGACGGCCGACGAGAAUGGCUUCCACCCGGAGGGUGACCACUUGCCCGACUUCAGCCACACUCGCGAACAUAUCGGAGGCAUCGAAGAACACCUCUGAACUGCUAUAUUGGUUCCAUAACCGAAUGCCUGUUGCCGAUCAAAAAUAAAAGUAUGUGAUGAAUUAUCUAUGCAUACUAAACUGAAUGUUCACGAUCAUAACUUAUAAGCGUCUGUACGCUUUCCAUUAGCGGUAAAUCAAAAAUUCCCUUGCCACAUUUGUGUGUUCUUUAUAUAUCAUUGUAUCAAUGUGACUGUUUACACCUCGAUUAUU